CUCCUGCGCGCCCUCAGCCAGUUGUGCGGCGAAAGUGGACUGUUACCAACGUCAUACGAACUGCCGGGACUCGUGAAAAGAGAUGAAGACGAGGCGUAUUCCGUAGGCGGCUUCGCUGAUGUUUGGCGGGGGACACAUGAAGGUGUUUCCGUUGCGCUCAAGGUCAUACGUCUACAUGCCGGAGAUCGCGAGAAAGUGAAGAAGGUGUUCUGCAGGGAAGCAGUAUUUUGGAAGCGUCUCUCGCAUGCGAACAUCGUGCCGUUCCUCGGCGUGUCUCCUCGGUUUCACUUAUGUAUUGUGGCAGAGUGGAUGGAGUACGGAGACGUGGUGUCCUUUCUCAAGCAGUUUCCUCUUGCGGAUCGGAGGCAUCUGGUCCUCGACAUCACUCGGGGGCUACAUUACAUGCACACGAACGGCAUAAUACAUGGCGAUGUCAAGGCACGAAACAUUCUUGUGGAUGGACAACAACGCGCUCGUUUGGGUGAUUUUGGUUUAGCUACUACCGUCAUCGGGACAGAGACUCUUGCCUCGUUCACGGAGACUUCUGCAAAUCGCGGCAGCCUGCGUUAUAUGGCGCCGGAACUAUUGGACCAUACAGUGGAAUCCGUUACUCUAACAACCAAGACAGACGUUUAUGGAUACGGAAUGGCAUUGUGGGAGAUAUUUGACGGGCGGAUUCCUUUUCAUGAUGUUCGAAUCGACUACGUCGUGGUCUUGAAGGUUAAGGAUGGCGUGCGACCAUCCCGUCCCACCAGUGCUCGAGACCUAGGCCUAGAUGACGAUCUUUGGGAAUUGAUCGAGACAUGCUGGGCUUCUGAUCCAGCUCAACGACCUUCUAUGCUGGGUAUUCUACAACGGCUUUUCCCUGAUGCUCUGCAUGGUCUGUACAUGAUAUCAUCACUUGGUGUGAUGAACUGA